AUGCCCGGCAUUCGAUCCUCGAGUGACUCGAGUGGCGGUGCUCUCCUCGCCAGAGCUCUCGAAGCCACGCCCAACAAGGACAACGACGGCAUGGGCUCUACUACCAACCGUAGUGACUCCCCUUCGGACGACGAGAUGGCCUUGGUCGAAGCCAGCGACCAGUUCAACAAGCUGGUCAAUGAUUCUCAGGGCUACCGUCCGCUCGUCGCUGCUGAUGAGUACCACCAAGGUCAUCAUCUUCGCCGCCCCUCGACUGUGCGUCCUCCGAACUCUUUCGUUGACCAGUCUCCCUUUGGAUCUCCUGGUAGCCAUGUUCCACCCAGCGUGGCCAGCAGUCCAUUGUAUCGUGGAUUUGGCGACAUUCAAGCUCGACUCGUUACUGCACAACAAUAUGUUCGUGUCACUCCUGGAUACAACAACGACCAGGCACAGAACAUUCAGACACUACUGAUGGGUGUUGGUCAAGAUCUGACUCACUUUGCUACCAACAUCAUUCAAGAGCACACCAGGAGCCAGCACCAGGCUGGUGAGUUGCGCGUGCAGUAUGAGAAGGCUCAGAAUGAGCUUCUGUCGCGCCGUCAGCAGAUCACAGAUCUCCAGACCAAGUACAGAGAACUGUCACAGGACAAGGAUUUGCAUGCCAAGAUGGCUGCUGGUCUGGAGAAGCAGAUUGAAAGUCAGCAGAAGGAUAUCCAGCGGCUCCAGAAGCUGGCACAGAGUUUUGAGCAGAAGCGCGUGAAGCAGGUCAAGGAGCUUGAAGCUGAGAUCAAGUCGCUCCGCCUGGAGAGAGACAGCCACAUGCAGCUGGUCAAGGUGUCCAAUAUUGCUGCUGAUGAUGACGAUUCCGACAACGAGGAAAUCGAAAAGACCACGAACAACAACAAGGGUGCCGCAACAAAGCGACGUGAAUCUUUCCUGAACCCGAAUGCAUUAGAGUUUGGCCCUACAGGUGCCAAAGCCGACCACAGCAAGGAGAUGCUCCCGCUGCUGCGCAAGUAUGCCAAUGAAGGUGCAUCAAAGACCACUCAGCCGCAAGAGGCUCGAUCCUACACGCCUAGCAGCAUCGAGCCUCCCAAGCCUGCUCCUUCCCGCAUGGGUUUCCGCAGUGGCACUCCUGCGACUCCUUUCGGUUUGCCAAACACAUUCGGUGCAAAGUCCAACGCCCUUGUCCGUGCCAAUACGCCUCGCCAGCCUGGCUUCAGAGCUGUCACCGAGUUUGGCUCCGUCGACUUCAACGCGCUGCAGAACAAAGUUGCUUGGGAGGCUGAAGAUGUCGCUCACGGUUUCGCCCGCCUCUACGGUCUCAUUGAGGGUCUCAUUGCCAAGAACCACAUUAUUCCGCCUUUCAAUGAGGCUGACGGCAUGCUGGUUCAUACCAACCCAGCCACCUGGAACUACAUUCUGUCCAUGGGCCUCAAGAACCCGACUCAGAGUGCCUCUCACAUGGCCGAUCUUCUCACCAAGUUCAAGUGCCGCCAUUGGGUUAUGAAGCGCAUCAUUGUUGAUUACAUCAUCAACCGCCUGAUUGUCCCCGAGAUUUUCUUUGGCUUCAAUGAUGCCAUUGACAGUCACUUGUCCGCUUUGCAAAGCCGCAUGAGAUCUCGAGGUCCCAAUGCAGGACGACCUCAGGGAGCUGAGAGACAGCGAAUCGUCAUGGACCAUGCCAAGGUUGUUCAGUUCAUUAUCGAGUCCGGAGCUGAAGCCGACGAGUUCAGGGACCGCUCAGUUGCCAAGCACGUUGGCAUGCUCAUGGAGAUUCUCAAGCCCAUGCGGAGCUGCAGCAUUGACGAUGAGACUGCCCGCAGAGCCCUGACUAUUGUCAUCAACGCCGCCUGGACCAUCACCACUCGUGUCUGGACCUCUGGCAUGACCCUCCACUACUAUUUCCCCGAAACUGGUAGCAAAUUUGCCUACGGCACCAUGCGCUCCAUCAACUACACGGAUACACCGAGCGACCAAAUGCAAUACCAGCAAUACCGCAUCAUGCUGGUCGUCACUCCUACUCUCAGUCUGCGCGACGAUCGUGACAUGGAUCGUCUUCGUACUCACGAACUCCUGAAAUCGGAUGUUCUCGUGAUGCGAUAA